AUGGCAGAGGAGGAACAGGUCUGCUGCGUGGUCAGCGUCUCCGGCCCACCCGACGCCCCCGACCCGGCAGCCGGCCCCUGGAGCUGCAGCGGGGUGAUCCUGAGCCGUGGCCUCGGGUUGGUGCUGUGCCAAGGGGCCGUCUUUGCUCCCUUUCUGCGGGAUGGCUCCGCCGCCUGGGCCCGGCCCCGCGCCCUUCCGCCCGAUGUACUCCAACCCGGCCUGCGCCUCCUGGUCCUGCAGCCGCCGGCCCUCGAAGCCCCGGCGGCAUUGCGGGACCCUGCCGACCGCUUGCGGCAGUACGAAGCCCGCCUGCUGGCGCUGGUGCCCUGCGGAGCCUUUCAGCGGGCACUGGCGCGGGCCUUUAGCACAGCAGAGCCGUGGCACUUCGGCGGGGAGGAGGCAGGGGACGAGCGGGCUGCCCUGCACUGGUUCGCCUGGCUGCGGGUUCCCGGCCUCGAUACCCCCGGUGGCGGCUGGACGGCGCGGGCGAACGCUAGCUGCCUGAGGAAGGGCGAGGGACUGCUGGCCUGCGGCUCGCCCUUCGGUGCCCUCUGCCCUGACCUCUUCCUUAACACGCUGAGCAGAGGGGUGGUGAGCAACCUGUCUGGGGAGGAGAACGCCCUCGUCCUCACGGACGCCCGCUGCCUGCCCGGCACCGAGGGUGGCGGCGCCUUCCUGCCCUCGCCCGCCGGGCCCCGUUUGGUGGCCAUCAUCGCUGCGUCCUUCUGCUGGAAGGGUGCUGAGUGGGUGGGGCUCACCCUGCUCUGCUCCCUCGCCGCCAUCGUGCGCAGCAGUGCCGGUGUCCUGGGCGAAGCCGGCAUCGUGGUGCCGCCGGUGCCGGGGCAGGUGGCUGCGGUGCAGGCAGGAAGCGGGCAGGACCCCCUGGGCUGGGUGGUGUUGGUGGAGUGUGGGGCGACUUGGGGGUCGGGGGUGCUGCUGGCCCCGGAGCUGCUCCUUACCUGUCGGCACGUGGUGGAGGCAGGGUCUCGGCUCCGUGUGACGCUGGCAGUCAGCCCUGGCCGGGCUGCCACUGUCCUCAAGGGCCACGUGGUGUUCGCCACCGAGGAGUCAUCCCCCUUCGACGUGGCAGUGGUGGAGCUGGAGGAGAGUGUGCCAGGCUUCGUUCCCCCAUACCUGGCAGACACCUUCCUCCCAGGAGAAGAGGUGAACGUGGUGGGCUUUGGGGCGCUGGGGCGGGCGUGCGGCCCCUCCGUGACAUCAGGGAUCCUCUCGGCAGUGGUGGCUGUGGCCGGGUGCCCGGUCAUGCUGCAGACCACCUGUGCUGUCCACGGGGGUUCCAGUGGUGGCCCCCUCGUCUCCUCCCGCAGUGGGCGCCUCCUGGGGAUUGUGAUCAGCAACACACGGGACACCAGCGUGGGAGCCACCUACCCCCACCUCAACUUCUGCAUCCCAGUCAGUGUCCUGCAGCCCCCCGUGGAGUGCUACCGCCGCACUGCUGACCCUGCUGCCUUCGCCGUGCUCAACCAGGCAGGCCAGGGGGUGCGGGCAGCCUGGCGGCUCCAGAGGCAGCCAGGACCCCCCAGCAAGCUGUGA